AGCAAAAAUCAAACAAGUCGACUUACUUUGACUGACAUUUGAUAUUUAACGUCGAUUAGAAAGCAAAUCGACGUAGCAACCACCAGAUAGACGAGACAGCAUGGGACCAGUUAAUACACCAGCAGUCAACAUCGCACUUUACAUCGUGGGAUGAACUAUUUCUAGACAAAACCUAUGGUUUACUACCAGUCGAAGAUGACUUAUAUUUAUUUGAAACCACCGACUCGUCGUCGAGUCCGGACUUCUUGCCACGUGACGGUCUGGAGACCGGUGGCUCGUGCUCCGAAGGCACGGCGAACCAGAAGCUUAGGUGGGUGGAUGAGUCUCAAGGCUUAUUCGCAGCCGCCAAGGCCUCUGUGGCGCCGGCCGUGAGCGCUGGCGAUGUCGACAGCGUGCGGAAGCGCAUGCGCAAGAGAAAGCGAGGGCCGGUUGACGACGUGUCCGAGUCGUCGGAAGCCGACGUCAAGAGAGUGAAAAACACCAUGGCUGCGAGACGAUACCGGGAGCGGCAGCGGAAAGACGUUGAGAUUCUCGAUGCGCGGAUCAAGCAGUUGGAGGAGGAGCUAGCGACGUCGAGGCUCGAGGUUGUGUGGUGGAAAAUGGAGGCGGAGAAGUGGCGGAGCCAGGCAGAGAAGAAAUGAAGUAGGUAGUAAAUAAACCAGUGCUAGAGAUUGCGUAG